CCAUCAAUCUAAAAGUAUGUUAAGUAGUGUAAUUGAGAGGAUUUGAUUUCAUCACAAAGAACGCCUCCAGUUCGAAGAGGGAAGGGGCAAAGUGAGAAGGGUUUGACUUUGUGUUGUGUGUAGUCAAUAGUCAUAGAAUCAAACUUGAAUAGCACGAAACAAGAGAUCAAAUUCCUCACAAUAUUCAAUCAGUUAGAAUGAAUCUUAGUGAUCUCAACAAGGUCUGGGAAAUCAAGUCCCUCAACAGAAUUGGACAAGAUGAAGCCACCAAGAUUCUUCAAAAAGUAGCUAAUCAGGUUCAACCAAUUAUGCAUAAAAGAAAAUGGAAAGUUAACCUCCUUUCUGAAUUCUGUCCUGCAGAUCCAUCCCUUUUAGGGGUAAAUAUAGGUCCGGGUGCAGAAGUUAAGCUCAGGUUACGAAGGCCUAACCGCGACUGGGAUUUCUUCCCAUAUGAACAAGUUCUCGAUACCAUGUUACAUGAGCUUUGUCAUAAUGAACAUGGUCCUCACGAUGCUCUAUUUUAUAACCUUUUGGAUGAAAUUAGAAAGGAAUGUGAAGAACUGAUGGUCAAAGGGAUCAGCGGUACUGGAAAAGGAUUUGACGUUCCUGGGAGACGUUUGGGUGGGUUCAGCCAGCAACCACCUUUGUCGUCACUUCGCCACACUGCAUUGGCUGCGGCUGAAAACCGAACACGCAAUGGAGUUUUGCUGCCUUCUGGACCUCAGCGUUUAGGUGGUGAUAGCAACAUUAAGUCUGCCCUGAGUCCAAUACAAGCUGCUGCCAUGGCUGCUGAGAGGAGACUGCAUGAUGACAUGUGGUGUGGGUCAAAGUCUUCAGGGGGUGACACUUUCAUUCAGGAGGGUGGAAGCUCUAGUGGACCUUCUUCUGAGAAAUUUUUUCAAUCUCCAGUGGCCAAGGAAACAAUUGGGGAAGCAAAAUGGCAGUGCAAUUCAUGCACUUUGUUAAACAAGCCAUUGGUGUUGCUAUGCGAAGCAUGUGGAACAAAGAAGCAGAAAGAUGUUAGAAAGUUGAAAGUUUGGUGUUGCAAAUUUUGUACUCUAGAAAAUAGUAUUGAGCUUGAUAGAUGCUUAGCUUGUGGAGAAUGGAGGUAUUCACAUGGACCACCUGUCUCCAUUAGUGGGCCUUAUGCUGGCACCUAAUUGGAAGCAAGAUAAUCAAUCCUCAUCCUUAUAAAUAGUAUGUCAACAUUUUUGUAAACCAUUUUAACUUGUAUGUAGUGAGUGUAUCAAGUUGUUUGGAAUAAUUUGAAAUAUAAGUAAUAAUUUACUCAUAUUCAUUUUGUGAGAAA